GUACGCAGCAGCCUAUACUUUUGUACUGUUCAUUCGGCAGGAGAAUCUGAGAACAUAGCAAACCUCUGAUAGGGAUAUUGUUCGAUGUCGCUGGUUACGAGUGGACAGAAGUGAUCGGUGUGUCAGUUAGAGAAGAACCAUGAUCCGAUUGUGUCUCCUCUUGCAAUUAUGCGUGUUGAUCGCCUCACAAAGGACACCGCUCGACUCACCGGAAAAUCUGUUUGUUCUCCGCAAUCUUCGUAAAUGGAUUCUUCAGAAUUUCGGUAGAACAGACAAUGCACGAGGAUUUUCAGUGGAGGAUCGAAGACAGAUUCAAGACCAACUCCCUCCAAAUGUUCCUUUCCCCUGCAAUGUGACAGGUGGCAGGUCCUCGACAGUACCAAAUUCGGUUCAUCGUCUGAGACCAGGUGAUAUAGAUGUCAUUGCCGCGCUUGGCGAUUCUCUGACGGCUGGUUUUGGCAUUUUUGCUACUGAUAUAUUACAGAUUGCCGUCGAAAAUAGAGGAGUCGCAGCAAGUAUUGGUGGUCAAGGAAAUUGGCGAACAUUUUUGACCCUUCCUAACAUUCUCAAGGAAUUCAAUCCGAAUUUAAUAGGUUAUGCACUUGGAGAUUCCUUAACUUCCGAUCCAGCUUCACAGUUAAAUAUAGCUGAGUCUGGUGCAAUGUCCAGAGACCUACCUUUCAUGGCCAAAUAUCUAAUCAAUAGGAUAAAAAAGGAUCCAAGAAUAAAUAUAAAUAAACAUUGGAAGUUUAUCACAAUACUUAUUGGAAGCAACGAUAUUUGCAACGAGAUCUGUGAAGUAUCAUCACUGUCCUCCUUUUUGGAAGCUCAUAGAAUGAACCUGAUUAAGGCACUGAGGAUAUUUCGAGAUAAUUUACCAAGAACUUUAGUUAGUGUUAAUGUGACACCUAAUCUCCAUACUCUCGUCGAUUCAAUUAAAGGAAAACCAUCGUUAAAAUGUUAUUUUCUGACACAAAUCGAAUGUCCUUGUUUAUUUGGUUUACAAUACGAAGAUAAAUUAUCAGAAUAUUAUAACGUAUUACAUAGGUGGCAAGACUUAGAGGAAGAAGUGGCAUAUUACCCUGAGUUUAAUAGAAAGGACUUCACUGUGAUAGCUUCACCUGCUCUUAAGAAACUGAUACUGCCAACUGCAGAAGACGGAUUUGGAGAUAUGAGAUAUUUCUCAGUUGAUUGUUUCCAUGUGAGCCAAAGAACUAACGCACUAUAUGGUAAUGGUCUGUGGAACAAUCUAUUGGAGCCAGUUGGUAACAAAACCAAUUACUGCCUUCCAGAGUACGAAAGAUUCUUAUGCCCUACACCAAAGAAGCCAUUUUUGAUGACACGGGAGAAUUCAUUCAAAACAAACAAGAUUUCGUUAGUUAGAGGUUCCAUCAUGGACCUGCUAAGAAGAGUCUUCCAAUUGGGGAAGAAUGAUGUUGAGAGAGAGGAACUUAAAUACCCUGUGAUGUAUAGUGGAAUAAGAAGUCAACCCCAAGUUCCUGAUUACGUUCCGUUUCCAUGUAACGUUCGCGCUGGACGGUCACCUAUUGUGCCUGACAAUGUGCAUCGAUUACGACCAGGCGACAUAGACAUAGUCGGUGGCCUAGGUGAUUCACUAGUUGCCGGAAGUGGAGCUUUGGAAGAGUUUGCCAUUGGAACUUUCAUAGAAGCACGAGGUGUUAGCUGGUGUGUGGGUGGCCAAGGCGACUGGAGACGGUUUUUAACCGUUCCCAAUAUAUUAAAGGAAUUCAAUCCAAACUUAGUUGGUUAUUCGACGGGCACAGGCGAGUUUAUUUCGACGAAAGCGAAAUUGAACAUCGCUUUCCCUGUCGCGGCUACUGAGGACGCGCUCCAUCAAGCGCGCAUCCUCGUUCACAGGAUUAAAAGGAACCCUAGGAUCAAUGUGAGGCAACAAUGGAAGUUGAUUACGAUCUUCUUCGGCGCUAAUGAUAUUUGUUCGGCGCAGUGCUUCAGCCCUAUACAAUUUUCCCCACUCCGAUAUGCUCUUCAUUUACAAAGAGUCUUGGACUUCCUGAAAAUUGCUCUACCUCGAACCUUAGUCAAUCUCGUACCAGUUAUAGAUGUUACAGUUUCCAUUAGGAUACCAAGAAGUGCCAUGUGUAACAUUUUGCAUCCAUUGUACUGUGCUUGCAUGCACAGGGGCAAUAGACCAGACAUUGCAGCUUCAAAAAUGUCGCACUUAUAUCAACAAGCUGUAGAAACUUUAGUACACUCUGGAAGGUACGACAACUCUCCAGACUUUACAGUAGUGUUGCAACCAUUUAUUAAAGUAUUCAACGCUCCAAAUGCUGAUCCAAGCAAAGCGCCGCCAUUAGAUCCUAGUUUGGUCACUUAUGACUGCUUUCACUUUAGUCAAAAGGGUCAUGCAUUGGGAGCAAAUUUAUUAUGGAAUAAUAUGUUGGAGCCGGUAGGAAACAAAACAGACCAAGGAGUACCGGAAAUCUUCGAGCGGAUUUUGUGUCCUAGUGAACAGACACCAUACAUAUUUACAAAUGUGAAUUCCAGACAUUUUCGACUGACAGGCAGUCAAGACGGGACAAUGGACAGAUAACGAACAGACGUUCUGAUACCGUUGCCUUCAGUCUUGAUAAUCACUGAUAUGGGUCGAACAAAACUCCAGUCAAAUGGAAAAUUUGAUGUUCAAGUGGCGCCUAAAAACCGAUAUACACUGUACCAUUCUUAUCGUACCGCCGCGCCGUGCCAGGUUCUUAGAAACGUGAUGUUCUAAUAUUCGUUCUGUGAUCAACUGUUUUAUCGUGUUGGGAUCAUCAGUGGAGGACGUUCCAAAUUUUGUAUGAUUGAACAAUUAGUAGUUUGUCACAUUUUCGUGGGUGAUCUCUCUGACCCUUCUUGGUUCUCCCUGGUUCUCCUUGGACCUCCCUGAAUCUUCUUGGUUCUCCAUUCACUCUGAUUCUCCCUGUCCCUCUCUAAAUCUCCAUCACUCUAAACUAUCCCUUUUAAAUAUUAUGUUUCUGACACAUGAAUAUGAUCUUAUUUAAAAAUUUGUAUUUCCAAUUUUGAUUGCAAUAUCAUCAUAAGUAUGCAAUUCGUAGGUCUGAUUAACCCAUAGGUCAACAUUAAUGCAUCAUCCACAAAAAGCACAUAAUUUGCUAUUUGUCACCUGAAUAACUUUUCAUUUAUUAAUCGAUAAAACGCACUUCUGGUCCCAAUGAUGUAAUGGAGUAAUUAAGUUAUUGUACUGCAGGUACAUCAUUUGAAACACUAAUCACGUGGAGAUAAAAAAAAACCGUAUGAAAAAGAAGGUAUUAAUUAAACACAAUGACAUGGUUGCUUUUGAUAUCGAAACGUACAAAAAUCUUGCUACAUACGUCAGUAGUUACAUUAAAGAAAUAAAUAUUUUGUACCAGAUACAUGAACAAAAUAAUAACGAUUAAUUAUUUAUCGAGUAUUUAAUCAAAUAUUUGCGAUUGCAAUAUAGUGUUUAUUAAAAUAUAAAAUGUAUCGAGAAAAAGAAAUGUGCAAGGAACGAUACUUUUACCGGUGUUUUGUGCAAAUCGCGAAAUAUGACCUUAAGACAACGGUAAUAAAAUUAAAAGAAUCAUUAGCCUUCGAUUAACCACAGUUUCUUUGGUCAAGUAUUUCAAUGUGGUGCUUUUAAAAAAAGUAUGUCAAGUAUAAUUGUGGCUGCAGAAAUAUAUAGGAUUAAUUAGUAUAUAUUUAUAAUUAAA